AUGUCCACGCCGCAAGCCAAAGCCGAUGGCGCUAAACCCCAUGAUUCUAAAGCCAAGUUGGCUGAAUUGACUCGCACAAUCGAGUUCAAAUGGUACGCCAGCCAUGUCACUGUUGUUACUUUCACCAUGAUAUACAUGCUUCUUCGCCUCUUCUUCAGUGGCCGCUUCCCUGGGUUCCUGUACAAGAUGGUGUUUGUGGCAGCUUCUGCUGCUUUCGGACUCAUUGUCUAUCAGAAAUAUACGACCGGUCAGCUUACUCCUGCAAUCCUUUCCCGUGAUGAUAGCGUGCACUAUUUGUACCUGGCCGUCGUGUGGCUGUUCACCAUGGAGCGCUACUUUGCCCCUCUACCGUUCGCCAUUUUCUCGUUCUUCCAUGCUUUGACUUAUGCCCGCUCCUAUUUACUGCCGGCAAUGUAUGCUACUCCUCCGCGUGAGCUUGCUCAGCGCAUUGACCACGUCGUGAAGAAGUACAACGAGCCGUUCACCAAAGUUGCUGCACAGGUCGAGUUCGGCCAGCUGAUCGUUUUGAUCCUGGCGGCCUUGCGUGCUCGCAAGGGUACAUGGAUUCAAUUGCUGCUUUAUGUUGUCUUUUUCCGUUCUCGCUACUCGGUAUCUCGCUACACUCAGGGCGCCGUAAAGUCGGUUGAAGUCAGAAUUGACAAUUUGGUGCCUGCUGGCCCCGCCAAAGAUAUUUGGCUCAAGUUCAAGGCAGCUGUCGCCGCAAUUCCCGGACCUGUUCCCAAACCUACCAAAUAG